AUGCUACCAGUAGAUAAGAGACUUCUAAACUUACAGAUUUACAAACUUCUUCAGUGUGUUCACCAGAAAGACAAGGAGCAAAUAAAAAAGCUGGUCCAGAAUGGAUUCCCAAAUCUCAUUAAUUUUACAGAGCCUAUGGAAGGAUAUAGUGCCCUUCUUUUGGCCUGCAUUAAAAAUGACACUGACAUGUGCAGCUUCUUGCUGGAACAGGGAGCUCAUCCGGAUGUCCAGAACAAAAUGGGAUGUACUGCAGCAAUGAAGGCAGCUGAGCUAGGUCAUGAGUUGGUUUUGGAGUUAUUAGCAAAAGCUAAAGCAGAUAUGACUGCUGUGGAUAAUGAAGGGAAAGGUAUUUUGUUUUACUGCCUUCUACCUACAGAACGGCACUACCGCUGCAUGCAAAUUGCCUUGGAUUAUGGUGCAGAUGUUAACAACUGUACUGCUGAUAGGAAGCCUUUAUUUCUACAGGCCUGUGAGCAUGCUCAUCAUAUUAAAGAAAUAUGUCUGCAUUUAUUGGAAAAAGGAGCAAAUCCCAAUGCAAGAAACUCGGCUACCGGUCGAACAGCCUUAAUGGAAGCCGCAAGAGAAGGUGUUGUCGAGGUCGUCCGUGGUCUACUUGAGAGAGGAGUUGAUGUUAACAUAUUUGACCAUGAAAGACAUAGUGCCGCACAUUUUUCAGCCAAAGGAGGCUUUUUUGAGGUUCUGAGGGUUCUUUCAGCUUAUAAUGCAGACUUGGGCCUGAUUGCUAUGAAUGGUAACACACCACUUCAUUAUGCUGCGGAAGGAGGAUUUUCAAUUUGCUGCAAGUUUAUAGGACAAAGAGGCUGUGAUCCUACAUGGAAAAACUUGUUAACAAAGACCCCAAGAACCAUUGCCAAAGAAGGCGGUUUUAAAGCAGCAGUAACAGAACUGCGCAAAAUUGAAAAGAACUUUGCAAAAAAGUCCAAGCUUGGGGCUGAGGAGGACAAAUCUCACUGGACAUUGAGACUGUACGACUGGUCCUUGGAGCACCAGGCUGCCCUCCACAAGGCUUUUGAGGCUGUUGACCAAGGAGAUGGGACAGUAGCUAAAGAUGAUUUUAUAUCAGUUGUUCAGAAGCAAUGUGCCUUUGUGGAUGUUGAACAAAUACGAUCUAUUGCUGAAAUGCAUGAAGGACCUAACUCUGAAGGAAUCGACACUGCAGAAUUUUUUAAAGGCUUUAAAUAUGUGCAGAAAAACUGUCUUAUAACAUCCUUUGGACCCAAAGGGAAGAAGAAGAAGAAGAAAGGGAAGAAACAAAAAGGCAAAAAGGGCAAUGUCAUCCCUGUGCCGAUCUGUGUUAUUCCAAAGAGCGCGUGUCCACGUAGGGAAGAUGGCUUUCCUGUGUACAUGAUUGAGGCUGUUCAGAGCACUGCUGAUAGCUCCCAUUGUAAGCAAGACCACCCAUCUGCCCAUCCUGUGCAUGAUGACCGCGCCUGGUAUAUAGAAGAGCCAGGGAAAAUAUACAUGAAUAUUAACUGCCUCGUCAGAACAGGAGAUAUUCUGUCUCUACAGAAAGCAUUUGAGGAGGGUGUGCCAGUAGACAUAAAAGAUAAAUAUUACAAAACACCUUUGAUGACCGCAUGUGCAAGUGGGAACAGAGAUGUUGUGCAGUAUCUUUUGGAAAAGGGGGCUGAUGCAAAUGCAACAGACAAUUUCAUGUGGACUCCCCUUCAUCACGCUUGCUACAACGGACACCUAGAUAUUGCUGAACUGUUAGUGAAGGCUGGAGCGGUAGUGGAUGCUCCUGCAAUAGGCAACACAACGCCACUAAUGAGAGCCAUUGAGAUCUGCAGGUUGGAUAUAGUCUAUUUUUUAAUUGAUGCGGGUGCUGACAUCGAAAUGACAAACAGCAAUGGUAAANNNGCUCUUGAUAUUGCUGAAGUAUUUGCAGAUUCUAGAAUAAUUGAUCUGCUCCAAAAUAAAAUGGAAAACUUGCCAGAAGUUCCAGGAAAAAAAGCAGCAGAGAGAGUUGUGAAGCCAAAGUCACCUUCUAUACUGAUGCCUGCAGAGGUACAAGCUCUGAAAUUUCAGCCUUCACAGGUAUCUCUGCCAGCCGUAGAAGAAUCCAUUCCUGAAAAGACAACACAUUCCCUUAAGGACAGCGUUAUUGAUCUGAACUCUUUGAUAACCAGGGGUGCUACCAAGAAAGAUGACAUCGCAUUCAAACCGAGAAAAAUUUGGGCCCCUGAAGCUGCAAUGGAGGAGUUAGUAAGAAAGCAAGAAUUACUCCGUGAACGCCUUACUCUUGAUGGGCACUCAGAAAGUUUGACAACCCCCUUUGAAAGAAAAAUAGCAGAAUAA